CCGAGAGGAAACACCAAAAACAGUUAAAGUUGUGUCCAGGCUUCAGAAAGAUUCCAGCCUCAGCGUUUCUCUGGGUCAAAGUGCCAGAAGCCCAGAAACAGAUAAAACCACACCGAGCUCAGGAUGAAGUUCGAGAACAUUCUGGAUGAGGCCGAUGGCUUUGGACGUUACCAGAUUUUGCUCUUUACGUUGAUGGUGCUCCCACGCAUCACCCUCCCGGGUCACUUCCUGCUGAAUAACUUUAUCGCUGCAACACCGUCUCAUCACUGCAACAUCAGCUCUCUGGACUCUCGUGGAGUUUUUGAGACGCUGACCCAGGACGAGAGACUGACUAUCAGCAUUCCUAAACAGGAUGAUGGAACCUUCACUUCCUGUCACAUGUUCGUACAACCUCAGUUUAAUCUUCUGACAAAUGCAUCUAACACUACAGAACUUCCUGUGGUUCCGUGUCAGAGUGGAUGGGUGUACGACUCCAGCACGUUCAAGUCCACUUUGGUCUCACAGUUUGAUCUAGUGUGUAAUACAAAGGGACUAACUAAAGCCCUGGCCACUGUGUUCUUCAUUGGCGUCAUGUUCGGGGCUGUAUUCUUUGGCGUUCUUUCUGACAAGUACGGCCGUAAGACCAUACUGCUGGUUUCCUACAUCUCGGCCAUCAUCUUCAGCAUAGCUUCGGCUGUCUCGACCAGUUUCAUCAUGUUCGCAGCGUUCCGCUUCCUGACGGGAUUCAGCCUGUCUGGAAUCAGCACCGUGGCCAUUGUUCUCACGAUCGAGUGGGUGGACAUCGAGCAUCGCACCGUUAUCGGUGUGUGUAGCAGCGUCGUCUGGACCGUGGGUAAUUGCCUUCUUGCGGGUGUUGCCUACCUGAUCACUGACUGGAGGAUACUGAUACUUACGGUCUCCUCCCCCCUUGUGAUUGCCGUGGCAACCUGGUGGAUGAUCCCAGAGUCGGCUCGCUGGCUGAUAGUGAAUGGAAAGACAGGUGAGGCGUAUAAAUACCUGCAGAAGUGCGCUAGUGUUAAUAGAAGAUCAGAAUUCACCUCCACAAUCAGACGUCAGACUCUGUGUGAGGUUGUAACAGGUGAUAAAGAGAGUCAUAAUUAUACUUAUUUAGACCUCAUCAAAACUCCACGUUUGAGGAGAAUCACCAUCUACACUGGUAUUGUGUGGUACAGCGUGGCCUCCACAUACUAUGGCAUCAGUUUGAACAUCAGCGGGUUUGGGCUGGACCUCUACCUCACACACUUCAUCUACGGCAUCAUCGAGCUGCCCGCGAAAUUCAUCGUUUACUUCAGCCUGAAGAAAUAUGGACGAAGAGUCAACCAAGUAGGAACACUGGUCCUCACAGGAGUGUGUAUCAUCAUCAACAUCAUCAUCCCUAAAGAGUAUUGGACAUUUCGCACUAUUAUAGCGGUGCUGGGUAAAGGCCUGUCAGAAGCUUCAUUCACCACCGUGUUCCUGUACACUACUGAGCUUUACCCUACUGUGUUACGACAGAACGGUCUGGGUUACGCUAGUUUUAUUGGUCGAUUGGGUGCGUCCAUCUCUCCCCUCGUCAUGCUAUUGGAGGACGUGUGGCUCCAGCUCCCUCAGGUUGUGUUUGGUGUAAUGGCCGUCUUGUUGGGUCUGGUGGCCUUCCUGCUUCCCGAAACUAACAACGCUCGCCUCCCGGAGACCAUCCAGGACAUCGAGCAGACCGGAACGAGAUCAUUCUGCAUGGACACGCGGGACCAGAGUAAAUCUCCACUGAAUAAAGACAUGACUGAAGACACUGUGCAAUAACACACACACACACACACACACACACACUCACACACACUCACACACACACACACACACACACACACACACACACACACACACACUCAAACACACACACUCACACACACACUCACUCACACACACACACACACACACACACACACACACACUCAAACACACACACUCACACACACACUCACUCACACACACACAGAUUUAAUUUUUAUUUUCAUCCUGUAAUAUCUGUCUGAAUAAAAGCUGACAGUAAUCUGUG